AUGAAGUUCCUACCACUUCCCGAAUUCGACGACGUGACAAGCGCAUUGAACUUUGAUACCCCAGAUUGUCACGUCAUCGGCGGUUGCGAUCUGUACACAACCAAAGCGGCUGGCUCCGAUAAAAAGCUGUAUCGCAACAUCGAAAACUCUCUGGAAUCCCAAUACGAAUCUCUCCUCCGAUUAUCGGCCUCGGUUUCACCAGGCUUAGGGCCCGAUGAAGAAUCACCUGUCAAUCUGUCGCGGUCCAGUCCGUUUGGCCCUUUGAGCGAAGUCUCCAGUCGGCGCACAUUUGCAUAUCUCAUUGCAACUCUUAAUGCGAGUCAUUCUGAUUACGACUUCUCGCACAUUCUGAGACCGGCGGACUUCCGACGGGAGCGGAAUCUGAAAAGUGUCAUCGGAACAAUCGACUCAACUCUUUACAAUCUUAGGCCGAGUACAGGUAUGACUCUCCACGUCCCACCGCAGACCAGUUAUGCCACCACGGCAUCUGCGCCCGUAACUAGUCAAGCGUGGGGUCCUCAGAUGUGGUCGAUGAUUGAUAAGGAAAUGACUCUUAAAGAGUGUACAGUGUAUUGUUGGGCACCACCGGACGAUCCAUUCGACGGAGAGGAGGGCGCUAUAUGGAGUCUGAACUACUUCUUUUUCAACAAGGAGCGAAAGCGAAUUGCAUAUAUCUAUCUUAGAGGUGUCCCUGUCAUGAGCCACAGCCCAUCUCAGAAUAUUCUGUCCAAGAGAAGCGCUAGUGGGUAUGAUUCGGGUGCUAACAAACGUGCCAGAUAUUGGCUGGGUGACCGAGCAGCUGAUAUCACUAACGGUGAAGAUGUAGAUGACGAUGAUGCGGCCGCAAGAUGGGAAGAAGAUGAUCCUGACGCCAAUACUUAUUAUGAUGGCGCAGAGUACUAUGAUGACGAAGCCGACGACGAAUCUGAUGAUCAGUUUUAUAAGGAACCGGCCCGCGGCGUUAGUGAGGAUAUUGCUGGUACAAUGGAGAUCGAUAAUUGA